AUGUCUGACAUUGCCCAUGAACAUGGAAUCUGUGUUGAUGAAGAAUCUCCAGAGUGCCAGACUGCGAAGGAAAAUGCAGAUGACAUCACUGCAGAAAUUCAAGACAUUCAUAUAUACAAAGAGGUUCAGCUUCCCUUGCAAGGCCAAAUAUGGAAGGACCUUACUUGCAUGGAGAAGGAAGAAUUGCGACUUCGGAAAGUUGGGUCUGAAAAUAUAGAAAAGUACAAAAGUGAUCUUCAGCUACAGAAAACCAAACUUCGGGAAAAACAGAACUCUCAUGACAUGUCGAACGCAAUGACAUGUUUCAUCAAUGCAAUAUCAAGCCCAGGGAUACAGAGGUUCUAUUUCCUGAAAUGGAUGCGAAUGAACCUCGAUAACGUGUCUCGAGAAAAACUCUUUGACCUCAGGGAGCAGUACAAAGAAAAAUGCAAAAACCCUGAGAACAAAGAGGAGAUCAAGGAGAUUGACCAACAACUUGCCAACAGCUCAUUAGGGACUGAACACUUCUUCCGUGAGAUGGGGCAGAUCUAUGAAGCUUCCCUUUUCCUUCCUGAAACAAACCCAGCACGUCAACAACUACAGCAUCUCCCCAAGCUAUGUGCUGAGUUAAUGCUUGAUGGAUUUCCACUUGAGCUUGUAGAUGGAGAAGCAUCCAACAUACCUCUCAGAUGGGUGACUGACGUUCUCUCUCAGCUCAAUGCCUUGGUGUCUCCUAAGAACAAGAUCCUAGUCGUCACAGUUUUUGGAGUUCAGAGCACAGGAAAGUCCACUCUCCUCAACACCAUGUUUGGAGUGCAGUUUGCAGUCAGCAGUGGUCGAUGCACUCGAGGUGCCUUUAUGUUGCUGAUUAAAAUCAAUGAAUAUGUCAGAAAACACUUCAACUGUGACUUCAUGGUGAUCAUUGACACUGAGGGCUUAAAGUCACCAGAGCUCGCACCUGGCCAAAGCCACGAGCACGAAAAUGAGCUUGCAACACUUGUUGUGGGGCUGAGUGAUAUCACCAUCAUCAAUGUUUCAAUGGAGAAUUCAACAGAAAUGAAGGACAUCCUACAGAUAGUUGUACACGCUUUCCUCAGGAUGAAAGAGGUUAGCAAAAAGAAGCCCAAAUGUCAGUUUGUUCACCAGAAUGUGUCGGAUGUUUCAGCCCAUGACAAGAACAUGCGAGACAGGAACGAGAUGACCCAGGCAGCAGCCAAAAUGGAGUACUCGAGCUUCACUGAUGUGAUGGAGUACAGUCCAGACACUGGAAACUGGUACAUUCCUGGACUCUGGAAUGGAAACCCACCGAUGGCAGCAGUCAAUGCAGGCUACAGCGAGGCUGUUUAUGAGCUCAAGAAGAACAUCAUCCACAUUUUGAGAAGUUGUGGAUCAUCGGCUAAUAAUAUCUUGGAGUUUACGGAGUGGAUGAAGAGCCUCAAACAUGAAAACUUCAUCUUCAGCUUCAGAAACAGUCUCGUGGCUGAUGCAUACAUGAAGCUGUGCACAGAAUUCAACAAAUGGGAAUGGGACUUCAAAAAAGAAAUGUACACAUGGGUUACACAAGCUGAAACAAUAAUCUCCAACUUCGAUACACCUGCUGAUAAAUCUAACAUAUCUGACACAACCGAACUUCAUUUGCAUUUGAAAAAUUUAAAAACAGUGCAAAGAGCCUUCGACGAGAAAUGGAAAGCUCUGUGUUUAACCAACUCAAAGCUGCAGCCGACAUCAGACAGGAGAUGA